AUGCGCAUCCUCGAACGUAUCGACAACGAUCGCCGGACUGUGCUGCACGCCCGCCUGCGGGCUAGUAAUACCGCGGCGUCACCCGCUCUCGCGCGAUUGAGGGAUAGUACCGACGACGAGGAGGUACCGAUCCAUAUUUGGGCGCUGGAUGGGGACGCCGAGGAUACUCUGGGAGACCUCAAGUUGGGCUUGAUACGUCACCAUUCGAAAGGGCCCUCCAAGUCCGCACCACCUCCGCCAACUUGUUCCACAGUCCCAUCCGUACCCUCCGAAGCCGGAGCCUCCAUUCCGGCCCACCCGACCCCAGGUAGCGCUGCAGCCGCGGACUCGGACGACCUCCUCGGCGGCCUGGUCGGGCAUACCUGGGCACAUUGGCUACAUAUCACGUACCUCUUCGUUGCACCCGCCGAGCGAGGCGCUGGGAUAGGCCGUGUCCUCCUCGAGCAGGCUGAGCGGAUAGCUCGCGCACGCGGGUGCCUUGCUGCCAUCGUGCAAACGUGGGACUUUCAGGCUCCACAGUUCUACAUCGCCAACGGGUACGAGGUCGCAGGCAAGGUAGAGGGUUACCCGCCUGGCAUCACCGACUACACUCUCAUCAAGCGCUUCGGCGAUUUCGACAAUUCUGUAGGAGUACGGAGUAAGGGUGUGUCGCUCGGCGUGACCGACGUCUAA